UGUUGUGUUCACGCAGAAUGCGGACGUGCAACGCCUUGGGUUACUUGCUUCUUGCCUGCGGGUUGCAGGUUGCGGCUGGCUUCUGGUGUACGGAUUUCUUCCAGCCUUUCUUAAAAGUUUUAAACCGGGGGCCAGAGCAAUGUGGUCUAGGCGAACAGGAGUUGGGCGUGUACGACCGCACCUUCACCCUAGUCAUGGACGGAAUCUUCCGAGGCUAUGAACAGAAUAUUGACAGGUUUUUGAAGCACCACCAGUGCGCGGGAAGAGCAGAUAACCAAAGCAUUAUUUUGGAAGGAAGACGUGCUAUUCAGUUCCUUGAAACCGAAUUCGGCCUGGAUUUGUCUUCUGUCACUGAUGCAGAUAUUUUGGACGGAAAAGUGCCGCUAGAAGGAGGGAAAAUGUUGUUUCACCCAUUCACGUUUGAUCCGGCUGGAAAGUACAGAGUAAUAUCAGAAACAAAAAGAGAAGGAGCAAGGCUUUUCAAGAAUGCCCCCAUUUCACAUUCGGGUUGGGUAGUCGAGGUUUUUGAGCCGGUCACAUUGAAUGGUCCAAGGUUUUCCGGUACUUUGCAACCGUAUGCCGCCAUGUCUGCCGGGGAGUACGUAAUACAGACUGCUUUCCCGGACCACAACGACGGCAAAAUAGUCAUUUCGUACGAGGCACAAGUCCCAGUGACAGUGGCGGGUGGACGUUACGUUGUUUUCGGUUUGGACGUCAACAGUGAGCAGUUUGGCGACGGCCAGUCCUAUGGUAUCUUUGAGACCAACAUGGCCACCGGAGAAGUCAAUGGACGAGAGGUGAUAACGUUCCCAAAGAAAGUGUAAUAUCACCAUUUCUUGAAAACGAGCAGUUAAAUGUUAAAUAAUUAUAUAAUUUUGCAUUUCAUACACUCGUUGUCAUUCUUUUAAUUAUAAAUAGAUUUAAGUUGGUGAUGGUAUGUUAUUUUGUAAGUCAAGGGAAAUAAAAAAAUAUUGCACAAUGUGCGAGUUGUCUUCGUAACGAAACUAGCUGUAUCAAUAUGAGUGUCGCGUAGACUUAAAAUUGACAGAUAAGUCUGCAGGGU